AUGGAUGCCACCAAAAAUCGAUGCAGCAAGCAAGUGAUUACAAGCUCCUGGGGCAAUAAGAAGAUUAAGAUGUACGGAGACGCACGAGACGUGGAGAGGUCGCGGCAUGCGUUUGAUUCCAUGUACAAAAGGAAUGUGGGGUCCUGGAAUAUCCUUCUUACAGCAAAUGCCCAGAACGGCCAUCUAGAGCGGGCAUUUGUGGUGUUUAGCGUUAUGCCAUGGCGUGACAUUGUGUCCUGGAAUUCCAUGAUUGGGGCUUUUGCGAAGAGCGGCGAGAAGGAAUAUAGAGCUCUCGAAUUGUUUUGGAUGAUGGUGGAGGAGGGGAUUCAUCUCGAUAGGAUCACAAUAACUGCUGCGCUGGAAGCGUGUAUGGAUCGAAUCGAGGUGGAGCGGAUCCACCAGAUUCUGGCAAGGAUUCCCGAGCUUGAAUCGAGCUUAGAGGUGAGAACUACUCUGGUAAAAGUGUAUGGGAGAAUUGGGUGUUUUGAGAGAGCUAAGCUUGUCUUUGAUCACCCCCGGCGAGAUGUCGUGCUAUGGACGGGGAUGAUUCUAGCAUAUGCCAGGAAUGGGCAUCUGUGUCCUGCAAGAAGGGUGUUUGAGAAUAUGCCACAUCACACUGUGGUGUCCUGGAACGUUAUCUUAACAGUGUACGCACAUGUAAAUAAUUUCUAUGAAGCAAAGAAGAUGCUACAAAUUAUGCCUAUGGCUAGCGUUGUCUCCUGGAAUAUUCUUCUUACAGCAUAUGCCCAAACUGGGCAUGUUCUAGAUGCGGUGAGAACUUUUUGUUGCAUGGAUCUCGAGGGCCAGUCACCGGUUCAAGUAACUUACCUUGCAGUUCUUGUAGCGAUCUCUCAAAUGGGGGAUCUAAAACUUGGAAAAGUGAUCCACAAUGAGAUCGAAGCUGGCGAUUCUAGUAACAGUCCGGAAAUCACGACCUCGCUCAUUGACAUGUAUGUGAAAUGCGGGCGGUUGGACGAUGCAAGGAGCUUCUUUGAUGGAACCUAUGGAAUCUCUCUGGGAAUCUCCUCGUGGAACGCUAUGAUCGGAGGAUAUACCCGAUCUGGUUAUACGAAAGAAGCAUUUGAGCUCUUCAAGAGAAUGGAUCUGGAAGGAAUCCAAGUGAACAGAGUGACGAUACUUUCAGUUCUUCCGGCAUGCCAUAGCUUGCGCGAGGCAAAGCUCGUCCACGCGGCCUUCUCAAGCAAAAGACCUGCCAUGGAAUGGAUGGCUGGGAUUGGAGCUGAGCUCAUCAACGUCUAUGGCAAGCACGGCGGCGUGGAAGAUGCCUGGCGCAUCUUCCGCAAGAUCCACCCGUGCGAUCUCUCCGCGUGGACGGCGCUGAUUGGAGCAAAUGCCGAGAAUGGGUACGAGGAGGUCGCUGUUCGAAUCUGGCGAUGGAUGGAUCUCGAAGGCAUAUCUCCGGACCAUGUGGCGUUUAACAGCAUUCUCUUUGCUUGCAGCCAUGGAGGCCUCGUACGCGAUGCCGUGGAUUUCUUCCAGCGCAUGACGGACGGCUGUGAUUUGCUGCCCGAGGUGGAUCACUACGUCUGUAUCGUCGAUCUCUUUGCUCGCACGGGGCAGCUGGAAUAUGCCGAAGAUCUUCUUGUCCACAUGCCGUUUGAGCCAACCUUCGUUGCCUGGACAACGUACCUUGGAUAUUCCUUAUUUUGGGCGGGAUAG